AGCUGUGGGAAUUAUUAUUGAUAAUGAUAAGUGUCCAAUUUGAAAAAAUCUGUAUUAUUUAUUUACUUUUGAUAAGGAUUAUGAAAAAACAAUAAAGACGCAUUUAUAAAUAUAGAUUGUUUCUAAAAUAUUAAAUGUAUAUAAAUGAUGGUCAUAAAAUAAUCGUACCGAAAUAUAUCUAAAUUUAACUUAAGAUUUGCGCAUCGCGCUUGUGUUAAAUAUGCCAAAAAUACCAUAUAAAGCUGAAAAAUGCCAAGAUGAUGAUGAGGACUAUGAAAUAGUUUCAUUCGAGGACUUUUGUGACAAAUCGCCAGGAGCUAAAACCGAUUUAUUGACUUUAAACGAUAACAUAAAUUAUCGACUUUACUAUGAGAGCGACAAAAGCUCAAAUUUUGCUGAAGGCGGUGAACCUUCCACUCGCAACGUGGGAAUGCAUACAGAGACCUCAUUGAAUGGUCCAAAAAAUGCAUCCUAUAAAAGAAAGCUAUCAUUUGCCCCAUUUGGAAGAUCAGACAAGACCAGUCGUGGUCAUCUCUUUAGCAGCGUCAUACCAAAGCCUCGGAAUGACGGAGACUCCUCAAGGGAACAUAGAUACGAGAGAUUUUCUCCUCGUCGUGGUUGGCCGGGUCGUGCUUGGGAGCAGCUGGUGACCUUGUUUCCGAUCAUGGUUGCUGCGGGGUUGCUGUGCGCUCUGUGCGUGGCGGCGUGGUGGGCGGUGGGCGGCGCUCUCGGCGGCCGCUGGGGCGAUGACCAUUAUAGGAGGCUCUGGGAACGUGCGCAUCCAGAAGAUCUGGCGAAGAAACCCUUAUCACCCGUCAUCGAAAAGGUAAUACCGACAGAAAACCGCUACCACGAUCACAACAAUCUAUCGACGAAGAAUAAGAUAAACACAACAGAUAUGAACAGGAAGAAGGACUACGACAAGAAGAGCGGUUACGGGGAACGGCCCGUCGAGGUUCUGAGGGAAAUGUGCGCGAACGUGUCCGAUAAUAUGCGCUUCGACUGCCACCCCCAGGAAAAUGCCAGCGAGGAGGAAUGUGUUCAGCGAGGGUGCUGCUGGCGGCCGGGGGCGGCGCCCGGGGCCCCGCUGUGCUACUACCCCGCGCCCUACGACACGUACCGCUUCGUGAACAGCACGGAGAACAAGCACGGGCUGGUGCUGCAGCUGGCGCGGCGCCGCGACGCGCGGUACCCGCGGCAGUUCGACGCCGUGCGCGUCGACUUCGUCUACGUCAGCGACCACGUGCUACAGAUCAAGAUAACGGACGCAGAGAACAGACGCUUCGAACCCCCGUACCCCGAGAUCCCGAUCGUGUCGGGUCCGAUAUCGAAAUUGAAAUAUCGCGUGGAGAUCGACAGCUCGGCGGUCGGUUUCAAGGUCAUUCGGAACGACGAUAACGUCACGAUCGUGGACACCCAGAACGUGGGCGGGCUGAUCCUGUCGGACAAGUUCCUGCAGAUCUCGUCGGUGCUGCCCACGGACCGCGUGUACGGGCUGGGCGAGAAGCAGGCCCCCUUCCUCAACGACCUGCAGUGGAAGACCUUCACCCUGUUCAACCAGGACAUGCCGCCCACCGAGAACGCAAACCUGUACGGAACACAUCCAUUCUACUUAGCUUUGGAAAAGGACGGAAAGAGUCACGGAAUGGCACUAAUUAACACUAAUGCUAUGGACAUAGUAUUGCAACCGACUCCGGCUAUCACGUACCGCACAUUAGGUGGUAUCCUCAACUUCUUCGUACUCCUGGGACCAUCGCCCCAGGAAGUGGUGGCUCAGUACACCAGCUUGGUGGGCCAACCGUUUCUACCACCUUAUUGGUCGCUUGGAUUCCAUUUGUGCAAGUAUGACUACGGCAGCUUGAACGUGACCAGGGAUGUUAUGCAGAGGAAUAGAGAUGCAGGGAUUCCACUGGACGUCCAGUGGAAUGACCUGGAUUACAUGAGCAAUGGCAACGACUUCACGUACGACAAAGACAAGUUCGCAGGUCUGCCGGAGUUCGUGGAUCAGCUGCACGAACAGGGCAUGCACUACGUCAUACUCGUUGAUCCUGGUGUCAGUGCGUCGGAAAAACUCGGCGAAUAUCCGCCGUUCGAUCGCGGCUUGGAAAUGGACAUCUUUAUCAAAAACUCGACCGACCAACCAUUUAUUGGCAAGGUGUGGAAUCCGGUAUCCACCGCUUGGCCGGACUUCACUCAUCCCAAUUCUACCGCCUACUGGAAGGAAAUGUUUUCCGAUUUCCAUAAGAUCGUGAAAUACGACGGAGCGUGGAUCGACAUGAACGAGCCGUCCAACUUCGUGUCGGGCCCGCUGCACGGCUCGUGCGCGCCGGAGCGGCUGCCGUACCGGCCGGCCGGCGCGGCGCGCGAGGGCCUGCGCCGCCACACGCUGUGCAUGGACGCGCGCCACCACGCGGGCGCGCACUUCGACCUGCACAGCGCGCACGCGCUCACCGAGGCCGUCGCCACGCACGCCGCGAUGCAGGAGAUCCGCGGCAGGCGCCCCUUCGUGCUCUCCCGCGGGUCGUCCCCCGGCCUGGGCCGGGUGUCGGGCCACUGGAGCGGGGACGUGUACAGUCGCUGGCACGACAUGCGCAUGUCCAUACCGGCUCUCCUGAGCUUCAGUCUGUUCGGCGUGCCGAUGAUGGGGACGGACAUCUGCGGGUUCAUCGAAGACACGACGCCGGAACUCUGCAAGCGAUGGAUGCAGCUCGGAGCUUUCUACCCGUUCUCUAGAAACCAUAACACCAAUGAUGCUAAGCCGCAAGACCCGGCGUCGCUGGGCGGCGAGGUGCUGUCGGCGAGCGUGGCGGCGCUGCGGCUGCGCUACCGCCUGCUGCCCGUGUACUACUCGCUGUUCGUGCGCGCGCACCUGCGCGGCGACACCGUGGCCAGGCCGCUGUUCUUCGAAUUUCCAUCAGACGUGAACGUUCCCGCUAUCGACGAGCAGUUCCUCAUCGGCUCUCAUGUGAUGAUAACCGCCGUCUUGCACGAAGGUGCCAACUCUACCAAGGCUCUAUUCCCGGGCAAGGACCCCUGGUAUAGUCUGCGAGACGGAAGUUUCUUGGCACAGGAUGAGUUUAAAGAAGUUACCGAUGCCGAUAUGGUGUCUGUCAGGGGCGGUGCCAUCCUCCCCUUGCAGGAUCCCCCCUCCAAGGGCCCAGUGAACACGGCUCUGACGCGCUCGCGUCCGAUGCAGCUGCUGGUGGCGCCCGACGCGGACGGUCGCGCUGCCGGGGAGCUGUACUGGGACGACGGUGACAGUAUCAAUACAUACGAAGAGAAAAAAUACAGCCACAUUGAAUUCUCUUUCCAAAAUAACGAACUCAACAGCACAGUGCAAUGGUGGGGCUACGGUGUGCCUUCAGUCAACUCCAUAUCAGUCCUCGGCCAAACAAAAUCUAUAAAAUCGGUUACCAUAAACAAUGUACAGACUGAAUUCACAUACGAUACAAAAAUACAUGUCUUGUGUCACACAUGCGGUUCCAAAGACUGUAACAGGCAUGACCCAGAAAUAUCAGCUGAACCAUGGACUAAUCUUCAGAUACAUAAACAAUUGGACCAGGCUAUAGAAGAUUUUUAUAAUACAAUUUUAGAACAAUUUGUAAACUCAUGGUACAGUAAAAUAACUCUACAGCCGUUUUUUGUGGAUGAACUAAGACAGCAGCUUAGAUAUGCAUCUGCCUCACUUCUGAGGCGAGCUUUGAAGAUAAAUUAUGCGAGAUUUAUAUGCGAUCGUUUAGUUCCAUGUGCAUUGAGACACUACUCGGUAAGCUCGGCAGGCUUCAAACAGCCGGUCCAUGUAGCGGCUAGCAACCGUUCUGCCGAGCUCAAGUAUCUCCGGUGCUUGACCGAGACUAUAUUGCCAUACAUAUUGAGGAAUUCAGAAUGUCAGAAUUCCGUGCUCCGCGUGCUGGUGCGCGAGGCGCUGGCGGGCUGGGCGCUGCUGCCGCUGGCCGACGUGCUGGCCGACCCGCACGCGCUCAACACGCUGCUGCUGCUGGCGGCCGCGCGCCCGCCGCCCGCGCGCCCGCCGCCCUCGCCCGACUACGAGGUAGAAUUUUUAGAAAACUUUGUCCGGCAGUCGGAAUCGGUUUACUGCGCACGAGGAAAGUUGCUGAGGAUCGAUCUGGAGCUGCUCCUCAACGAUCAAGACCACUUCUACGCCCUUCUGCACCACCUGAAGACCACGACCGAUAUAUAUCUGCUGCAGUUCUACAAGGACAUAAAGGCGUUCCAGACGCGCAUGCUGACGCCCGAGCUGUCGGCGCCGCAGGCGCGCGCGCUGCACGCGGAGGCGCGCGCGCUGUUCGCCGCGCACGCGCACGUGCCGCGCCUCGCGCUGCCGCCCGCGCUGCUGCUGGAGCUGCGCCAGCUGCUGGACGCCGGGCCCGCGCGCGUCGCCGGGUUACAAACGAGCCGAGCGCUAUACCAGGCGGCGAGACAGUCUCACGCCGCGUUGGAAAAAAUAAUGUUACCCAAGUUCUUACACAGCGAGGAGUUUUACAAACUAUUUAUUGGGCCGAGAUUACCCACCGGGUAUCAAAAACAAAUGACUAAACGACCUCAAGACAAAAUGAACAUGUUAAAACUGGGCACGAAACUGAAGAACGCUAUAAAGUCUCAAGUGCCGGACGGAACGGUUUCGGACUCGACGAACUCGGAACUGGACGACGGCGAGGGCAUCGACAACGUGGACAUCCUGAAGUACCUGGACUCGCUGGCCGCCGAGGACUCGCUGGGGCGGGACCUGAGCACGUACAAGGUGGUGCUGACGAACGUGGAGUGCCGCGCGGCGCCCCCCCCGCGGCGCGGCGCCGUGCGCGUGUUCGCGGUGGCGGCGCAGCGCGUGCGCGGCGCGCUGGCGCCCGCGCUCAGCGUCGUGGAGCGCAGCGAGCACGACUUCCACCUGCUGCGCGGCAAGCUGCUCGAGUUCCACGGGGACGCGCUGCUGGCCGACCUGCCGCUGCCCUCCAGGAGAGAUAACAGUCCGCUUGAGACACUCCGAUACAAGUAUGAGGACUUUCUCCAGCGGCUCAUCCAAAUCAACCUCCUCCAGACGAGCGAACUUCUCCACUUGUUCCUCACAGUGGACGGAGACUUCACCACUGUGGUCCAGGCCUCGACUCUCAGCGCGCCUGGGCCGGAUCUAGGAAAUAUUUAUCAAUCUGUAGCUCACAAACUGAGGAAGGAGAAAGGUCAACAUUUAGAAAGUUUUCUAAGAAAUUUCCUAAUAUCUUGUGAUAAGGAACGUUAUCAGGCAUUGAAACAGGGAACUACUCGUGACGUAGAAGAAGCUCACGAAGUGAACGAAGAGGAAAUGGUACAAAAAGUAAUUAAACGUCAAAAAAAUACAAGGAACAUUCAUACGUCAAUAUUCUUAAACAAUUUCGAUGUUGAACCGGUUGUGAUCCAAACUGAUAUGGACUAUCAGACCACGGUUGUGGGAUUCUCGCAGUGUGUUAUGUAUUUAUUAAUAAAAAUAGUAAGGGCAAGAAGUUUUGUGACUGGUAUCAUUGGUAACUUCAUCGGUAUGAUGCGACACACUUUGGACGAUAUAUUCAACGCGGCGCUCAACAGAGGCUUGUGCAACUUACUCACUGAACAGCGGUUGGCGUACUUGAUACGUUUGGGUCACGAUAUCCUCUUCGGCAAGAAGACCACAGCUCGAGUAGAUCCUCUGAUACAACGUGAGCUGGCAAGGCAACGGCUCCUGCAGGCGAUACCUGUAUCAGCAACUAUCGCCUUUGGACCGGGUCUACCUAAUUCGGUGUUGACAGCCUUUGAAGUUAUACAGUGCCCACAGCUUAACAAACAGUUGUUUUACAAUCUGCUGGACCUUUGUGUGUUGGAGCUUUUUCCGGAGUUACGUAACACUGAAUUAAAUCAAACUACGAGUUAAUGUAUUAUUGUGUUAGUAUUAUUUAUAUUUAAGUAUUUCUGUAAAUUGCAAAUGAUUGCGAGUGAUGAUUCCGUAGUUUUCUAUGAUUUCUGUUAACUUUGUGCGUAAUUUGUAUUUAAUUGUAAAUAAACAGUAACGAUAAAUAUAUUUUUGUAAUAGUUUAGUUAAUUAUCUGUAGCCUCAAUCUGUGAUAAAGCUGAGGCUGCCAAUUAAAUAAAUAUUUGUAACAGGAAUUAGACACCAAAUAAAUUAUUUUCAUAUUUGAUAA